CGCCUUUCCCUGUUCCAGACGGAGCCUGUGGCUGCCGAGGCUGCCGAGCAGGGCCAGGCCGGGCCCUGCCCGCCAGGACAUCCGAGCCCUUCACCGGCCCCCGAGCCUGGGAGCCCAUCCGGUACUCCUGCUGCUCCCACCAUGACUUCGGAGCCCACGUCCCCUCCAGUUGUACCCCCGCUCCACUCCCCCAAGUCCCCGGUGUGGCCCACCUUCCCCUUCCAUCGGGAGGGCAGCAGGGUCUGGGAGCGGGGCGGCGUCUCCGCUCGGGACCUGCCCAGCCCUCUGCCCACCAAGCGGACCAGGACGUAUUCCGCGACAGCCCGAGCCUCGGCUGGCCCCGUAUUCAAGGGCGUCUGUAAGCAGUUCUCGCGCUCACAGGGCCACGGCUUCAUCACCCCCGAGAACGGGUCUGAGGACAUCUUCGUCCACGUGUCUGACAUCGAGGGGGAGUAUGUGCCGGUGGAGGGCGAUGAGGUGACCUACAAGAUGUGCCCCAUCCCGCCCAAGAACCAGAAGUUCCAGGCCGUGGAGGUGGUGCUCACCCAGUUGGCCCCCCACACUCCCCACGAGACGUGGUCCGGCCAGGUUGUGGGCUCCUAGGCCGGGUGGUCUCGAGGCGGCCGCCUAGCCAGGGGGGGAGCCACAGAGGGCGGACUGGCAGCAGCCGGCCCCGCGCCCCACUGCGCUGACUGACCCAGGCCCCCGGGCGGCCUCCGUGCCCCUGUCUGUCUGUCUGUCUGUCCGUGCUGUGGCUGUGAGUGUGCCUCCAUCACCCCGUGACCCGUGACUGUUACUGAGCUGGACUGAGGCGGCCACGGCCCGCCUUCUCUGCCCGUCCACACUCUCCUCCCCUCCUCUCUGCCACAUUCGCGCAGGGCCCUCCUGCCCAUCAAGCCACGUACCAACGGCAGGCCUGGGGCUGGGGUCUGCGGGUACAGCAGAUCCCACCCAUACACGCUUGUUUCCUGGCCUCUACCCCAGGACUGGCCCCGGGGCCAGAAUGCUCUAGCUACUCACACCUCCCACCUGGGCUGGGGUCUCCCUGUGGCCUGGGCCCCUCCCCUUGGAAGCUGGGCCAGGGAGCACUUUGGGGGAGCCUCCCAGCCUCUGGCAGGGGAAGAGGGCCAAGUGAGGAGGCAGGCAGG